GCGGCUGCGUAGUCCGCGUGUAUUUCCGGAGGUCAAAGUUUUAGGUCUGUGAGUACAACGCGUGUCGUCGCCGUCUCGUGUAAUUGUCUCGCGCUGGCAGCGUGGCUGCCAGAGGCAGGUUCUGAACUUGCAUGUCGAAAGAGCCUCUCCUUGGCCUGGUCAGGAGGGUUUAAUCGGCUCCCAUCCUUAGGUUACCUAUGCCUGUGCCUUGGAAAAGAAGGGCACAUUCAGAAGAAACGAGAAGGGAAGAAGCUGCUCUUGUCAUUUUGUUCCUUUCCAAACGUCUCUCUUUCUUCCGCCUCCCAGUGACGUUCUCUAAGGGAUCAUCAGCAGGGAGGGAGGCCGAUUGCGUUUUUUGCGAUUUGCCUCCCCCCCCCCCUUUUGCUGUGUUUUGCACGACACUAAUAUCGGCAGAAAUAUACUUCAAGCUUUUUAAAAAGAGUUUUGCUUACUAGUAUGAUUGAAUCUGGAGAUGGCAAGGACUCCAAGCCUCCUUCCUAUGAAAAAAUAGUUCUUAAGAAUGCUUCUGAAUACUACUAUCUGAAGGUCCAUUUGGAGUUCCAGGAAGUGGGCAUUAGCCUGAAUGCUGCUGAGUUCAAACUACUUAUUAUCUCUGCUCUGAAACGGCUGCAUGGUGAGGUUGGUGCUGCCCUGCCUGUGGAUGUGUUGUCGUAUGAAGAAAAAAACUUGUUUGCCAUACUUCGAGUCCCUAACACUGGCCUGGUAAAGUUGUGGAGUGCAUUGACGCUGCUGGAUUCCUACCAGAACAGAAAGUGUGCUUUUAGGGUUAUACAGACCUCUCCAUUUCUUCUAGCAUUGGCUGGGAACAGCCGAGAGCUGGUGCUGGAUCAAAUACCCAAGAAACGCAGCUGACGGGAUUUGCAGAAAGCCAAGCUGUCAAAGAUGCUGAUUGCCCUGUCUAAGUGCAGAAUCUUGGGGGCAAGCUUCCAUGGACUUUUUCCAACAAAAACAAAAGUUACUGUGCUGUUCCUCGUACAGUCCUCCGUUCUGCGAUUACACAUCCAAGUAGGAAACAAGGCAGAAUUAACAAGGACUUUUACACAACAAGAUGUUGACACGUUUUCUGAUUUAACAGGAGACACGAACCGAUUACACCUGGAUGAAGAAUAUGCAAAGAGGACAAGGUUUGGAAGACCAGUGGUCCAUGGUGUUCUGAUCAAUGGACUUAUCUCUGCUGUACUGGGGACUAAAAUGCCCGGCCAUGGCUGUAUCUUUCUGUCUCAGGAAAUUAAUUUUCCAGCUCCUCUGUAUGUUGGAGAAGAGGUGUUGGCAGCAGCAGAAGUGAAGAGACUGAAGAGAGGUCUUGCAUAUAUUUCUGUGUCCUGCACAGUUGCCAAAAGUGGCAAGACAGUUAUGGAGGGGAUGGUUAAAGCUAUGGUGCCAGAAGAUCAGAACCCCAAGUCCUGACUACGUAUCAAAUUUUUCUUCAGGACAAAACACACUGCCAGUUUUAAUGCCAGUAUGGCUUAAGACUGAAGAAAUCCAUGUGGCAAAAAAAGAUAAAUGUAUCUUAUACUUACCUAGUUGUAAUUAUAUUGUGUGGGGUCUUAACGCAUGUCAUAAAAGUUUUUGAAGUUCAGAA